AUGGGGCAAGUACCAAGCUCUUCCAAAGCGGAAGACGUGUAUCGUCUCGUUCGUGAUUGUAACGUCCGGAAUGGUAACUUGGAGGACAUCAAAACUCUUCGCGCCCAAGGCGCAGGCCUCAAGUGGAUUGAUGAAAAAGGGAGGACUCCAUUGAUAUUGGCUUGCACGCUUUCGUACUAUGCUGCCAAAACAUUGAUUGAAUUGGGUGCUAAUGUAAAUGCGUAUUGUCCCGGUUUAACAGCAGGGACUCCAUUACAUCAUGCAGCGAAAUACGGCUAUGAACAUAUUGUUAAGUUACUUCUUUCACAUGGAGCAAAUCCAUUGGUGAUGAAUGAUGAUAACCAAACUCCACUUGAUGUCGCUAGAGUUAACUGGCGCAGCAACGUUGUACGCGCAAUCGAGAGUCAUAUCUGCUUGUUCUCUGGUUGGCUGCGAGAACCUUUUGGUCCCGUCUUUCUUGAAGUAUUAGCUCCUCAACUACUUUCAAGAAAAGUUUGGGUGGUGGUUUUACCUUGUGGAUCCCGUAAUCUUGCAAAGCCUUUCAAGUUGGAGCUUGCCAUAUAUUCUAAUCUGCAGGACUCCCAGCCUCGCACUCUUGUGGCACUGUGGAAUGCCAAUAUGGAAGAGCUAAAGUUUAUCCAGUCUGAUUAUGCAGUGAUAAUUUCUGAUAUUCCCAACAAGACACAAAUUAAACUUGCACCUGCAAAUGAAACUGACAUACAACAACUGCGGCAUUUCUGCAAUGCAUGCAAAGGGAUUCCCCAGGUAAUGCAUCCUUAUUUCCCGUUCAAUACUCAAGCAUCAGUUCCUCCAACAACCGUUCCAUCAUCUGUAGAAGACCUAGAAUUAGCUAUGGCAAUCAAUGCCUCAAUCCAAUCCGCUAUGGAAUCAAGACCACCUUAUGUUGAUGCUAAUCCUAUAGCUGGAGCAAGCACAUCCUCCAGCUUUCAAAGUGGGUGGGUGCGAAAUCAUAAUGAAAUCAAAGAAGUCGGUCCAAGAGGAGAUCCAAUUCAACUCAUUCAGAAUCGCAACGAAACUCCCUCUUCUUCACUCCCAUCGGCCCCUCCAAUUGAGAAUGCGGUCGUAGAUGGCGGUGCUUCUUCAUUGUGUGUGAUAUGCUUGGAUGCUCCGGUUGAGGGGGCUUGCAUUCCGUGCGGGCACAUGGUUGGAUGCAUGUCGUGUUUGAAUGAGAUCAAAGGCAAGAAGUGGAGUUGCCCUGUGUGUCGUACCAAGAUUACCGAGUUCCAAACAAACCCUCUUACUUUCAAAGCUGUGCAAAAACUCUUAUACAAGGGAGGAAGAUAACAAAAAAAGAGAGAAGUUUUAUUUUCUC